UCCUCUGUCUUUCAGACCAACCGCACUCAUGCCAUCUACUCCAACAGUUUAUCUAUCUACCCAAUAAGAAAUGGGUCCUUCGUCGUUCCUGUGAGUCUUCCUUUCUCUUGUGCUUAUCCCCUGGACACAAACGCAAGCCUGAAUGUGGCUGUCAGACCAUUCCUGCCGCUGGAAAGUGGCCUUUCAGGCUCGGGAUCCAAAGCUAGAGCCUCCAUGUCUCUGUUCCACAACUCCAGCUACACUGAGACUUAUCCAGCAGGCCAGGUCAUCCUGCCAGUGGGGUCACCGUUGUACGUGGGCGUUUCUGUGGAGGAGAGAGAUCCACGCUUUGCAGUCGUUCUGGAAGACUGCCAUGCCACUCACUCAUCAAACCCUGACGACCCCAUGAGAUACUAUCUCAUCCAGAACAAGUGUCCCACUGACCGCCAACAGGUGUCAGUGACUGAGAGCGGCUCGUCCCUGCAAGCUCGUUUCUCUGCCCUGUCGUUCCUGCUCCAGAAUGAAUACCGAGACAUUUUCCUUCAUUGCAGCCUCAGCCUGUGUGACCAAAGGAGCUUCUCCUGUGUUCCACAUUGCACAAGUAGGACGUACCGCUCUGUUUCCAGCUCUGAUCCUUUGAUGCCCCUCACCGUUGGACCAAUCAGUUGGGACAAGUCACCUUCGGGAGCUGGUAACACACAGUUAUAAUACAAACACAUUGCAUAUUGUGAUUUUGUUUGGUUACUAAAAACCA